CUUGUUUCCUUGAUUCUUAAGUGUGUAGCCAAGGCGGUCAUCAUGAUCGUGUGUGUAAUUACAGAAAGCAACUUAGAAAGAACUGCCGCCCACUUUUGGUUCCUAUUGUGCUGGGUGUUUACGAACAGGCGGCCUGCAUGGUCGGGAAUCUCUGUUUCGUAAUGCGGCUAAGAGACAACUUGAGAGAUGCCGACUAAUUACAUAAUACUACGGAUAAGAACUGUGACACUGUUAUGUUUGUAAGAUCAAGAGAAUAUUGUCAAUAUCCAAAAAAAAAAUUGUAAAUUGUAUCGUGUCAAAUAAGAUGUGCUUUUGCCCGACGGUUGCUCUUAAGAUCGGUCUUCUUAUUCUUAUACCUAUUACCGCAGGAUGUAAUGCCGCUCAAAUAGCAAAAGACGUUACCCUUUUGAAUGUAUUGGAGGGUGCCCAUCGUACCGCUCUUAUCGUUAGCCUAUCCAUGUCCGCGGUCAUACUGCUGGCUCUUAUUAUAUUGUUGUAUGCCACGAUCUGUACUAAGGUUCGGAUUCUAUAUGCGAUGCUUAUUUUUUUUGCCGUGAACUGCACAGCUAGGCUGGUCUUAAUAUUCGUGUGUAUUUCGAUCGAAGUGAAUCCCAAACACACGGCCGCCCAUCCUUGGCUCACUGUUAGCUGGUUUGUUUCCUUCUUCUGUCUGGCCUCCAUUGUUUUGUACUGGAUUCGGUUACAUGAGCUGGCCCAAGAGGCUAACUGGGAAUCCUAAAUUGUGUCAUACAAAACAAUGUUACUAUGUCGAAUAACCAAGUGGAUCUAGGGGAAAAUCGAAGUCGGUUCUUAUGGAAGCUCAGGAUCUGUCGCGUGAUGAUCUUCCCUUGGUGGGCAUCCUCUAUUGCUCUUAACCUUGUAAACAUAUAUAAAUAUUAUUUUGAACUGGAUAAAUUCCAUUUUUGCUGGCAUUGUUUAUACAAGACCUAUAUGCAAAUCGGCAUCGCCACUUCGAUUUUCAUUAUGCCAGUUCUCAUUUUGGCCCUGCCCUUUGUGUAUUUACAGAAACCCCGACUAAUUCGCAUUUACGUACCCUGUCUGGCUGUCGCCACCCUAAUGGAGUUCAUGAUGGCUGUCGUGUUUACCUACGAAUAUCCGGGUAUCAGUGAUGUUCUGCGAGUGUGGAUUAAUAAGAGGAGUAUGGAGUUCUUCGAAUUGAAUUACCAAUGUUGCGGCGUCUUGGGACCCGAUGACUAUUUGGCGGCUUCAAUGACUCUUUCAACGACGUGCUACAAGAAUCGCAGUGGUCUACCGAAGGACCUCUACAGCACUGGCUGCUCAACUAGAUUUUUCAUUUCGCAGCACUUCCCCUACAGCGAACUGGCCUCUGGAAUAGUUAGGGAUUGGUCCUGGCCUUGAUUGUAUACAUCGUUAUCCUGAAAAGGAGGUCCGUCCCACUCUGAGUCUACAGGAUCUACAAGCCUACAAGCGAAAUAUUAAAAUAUGAAUCUGAA